UCUGACUAUCAAUUCAGGGUAAGUACUUUGAUCAAGGGUUCAGCAGCAGAAGGUGAGACUUAAAUCUGGGUCCUUAAGUGAAAGGCAGCAGCUCUAACCACUACAACACCUGCUGUCCCUACAGGAAGAAAGCAUGACGAAAGGCAAGAAGAACAUGGAUUUGUCUCAAGGUGUUUCGUCAGAAAAUACAAGCUCCCAGCCAAUGUAGAUGUCGAGCAUAUGACCUCCUACCUAUCAGGGGACGGAGUCCUGUCUGUGGAGGCCCCACUACCAGUCCCAGAAGAAGUGGUCCCAGAGAAGACUGUCAUCCCCAUUCAGGUGGGCAAGGAAAAAGUAGAGGAGAAGGAUGCACAGAUGGAAGAACAUGCAAGGAGAGAGGAAGAGAGUGACCCAGCAGACCCUUUCCGUGUAAACAGACAGGCAUCUGGAGAGGAACCAGAAUAUGGGGACACGGCCCAACAGGCUCCUGGUGUUGUUCCGACUGAACCUGUUGCUGGGGCUGGAGAGGAAGCAGGGCAUCCGGGUGAUGAGCAUUUGUCCCCAGAGCAACAGGAUGAAAUCCGCCCCGCAGGGGGCGUGCUUCAAGAGCCACUAAAGCAGAAACCCAUUGAGGACAGAGACAGGGAGGACCCGCAAGGCCACCCUAUGCAGCGAGAAGAACUUGGUGAGGUGGAUUCUGAGGCAUCAGGCGCUGUAGCACAGGAGCAGCUCGAUGAGCCAGUGCAGGAGGGAGCGGUUCAAAAAGAUGCUGAAGGUGAAUUCAUGGAGGGUCCUCCAGGACCCAGUGAGGAAUGUCCUCCCGAAAGAGCAAAGCCAGACUCUGCUCAAUCAGAAAAGUAUCAGAGUCCUGAACUGGAGGUCCUAGAAGGACAGGACAUAGAACAAGCUGAAGAGCCACCUACCAAAUCUUGAUCUGACAGAGGGCUUCUCACACCUUGAACUGCUUCCAGAACCUGCCAAAUUCCAGUCUGCUCUGCUCCAGCCAGCUACUUAGCACUAAACAGACCCUAAGCUCAAAGUAAGGACUCCACACUAUACUCAUGUUAUUGAGGAGCGCUAAUAAA